UCCACUACUCCUUAAUAUACUACAAACUACUCCAGUACGUUACUUGAUCUCUCCCGGCCAAUUCCUUUGCUUCUUUCUUUCCCUUAAUUAGGCCUUCUUAUGCUCACGAGAUCUCCUAAUUUAGUCAAGAUGGUUGGUGGCAAUCUUCUUGGUGUAGUCUUGCUGGUGGAGAUUAUAGCACUUAGUGGCUAUAGAUUUGGAGCAAAUGGUCUGAGUAUGAACUAUUACAUGAUGAGCUGCCCUUUUGCUGACCCGAUUGUGAAGAACACUGUUAACAGAGCUUUGCAGGAUGACCCUACCCUUGCGGCCGGCCUUGUUAGAAUGCAUUUCCAUGAUUGCUUCGUCGAGGGAUGUGAUGGGUCGGUUUUGAUUGACUCAACAAAGAAUAACACAGCAGAGAAAGACUCUCCUGCAAAUCUUAGCUUACGAGGAUACGAAGUUAUCGAUGCAGCAAAAGAGCAGCUUGAAAAACAGUGCCCUGGCGUAGUCUCUUGCUCUGAUAUCCUUGCAAUGGCUGCCAGAGAUGCAGUAUUUUGGGCUGGGGGUCCAGUAUAUGAGAUACCAAAGGGAAGAAAGGAUGGAAGGAGGUCUAAAAUAGAAGACACAAUCAACCUUCCCCCUCCCAACCUCAAUGCCUCUCAGCUCAUUACCAAGUUUGGGCAGCAUGGCUUUAGUGCCCAAGAAAUGGUGGCUCUUUCAGGGGCACAUACACUAGGAGUGGCAUCGUGCGCGACAUUCAAAACCCGAUUGAGCGAUGCGGAUCCAACGUUAGAAGCAGGUUUUGCAAAGACAUUGUCGAAAACGUGCAGUUCUGGCGAUAAUGCCCAGCAACCGUUCGACGCGACGAGGAACAGCUUCGACAAUCUCUACUUCAACGCGUUGCAAAGGAAAGCCGGGGUGCUUGCUUCAGAUCAAACGCUGUUUGCCGACUCCAGAACCGCAGGCUUUGUGAAUGGCUUUGCGUUUAACCAAGCCAUGUUCUUCUUUUAUUUCCAAGGGGCGAUGGUCAAAAUGGGAACUCUUGAUGUUAAAGAGGGUUUAAAAGGGGAAGUAAGAACAAAUUGCCAUCAAAUUAACUGAUACUUUUCAUUUCGUCCUAUCAACUCAAUUGUAUCAA